AUGCUGGAGGGCACCUCGAACGUCAAGCGGCUGGCGGUCCUGGAGACCGCUGUCGUGACCGGGGUGCUCGCAUCCCAGGAGCAGAGCAGGGACGUCAAGAUCGACCAGUUCUCCCUGAGUGUGUACGGCAAGGAGUUCAUCAAUGACACCAAGCUGGAGCUGACGUUUGGCCGUCGCAUCGGCCUGAUCGGCCAGAACGGCUCUGGCAAGUCCACCAUGCUGGCCGCGAUAGCAGCUCGCGAGAUCCCUAUCCCGAAGCACGUCGACAUGUGGUUCUUGGACUCGGAGGCCAAGCCAGAGGAGGUCACUGCCAUCCAGGCGGUGGUCGACGUGGUGGCGAAGGAGCACGAACGGCUGACCGAGCUUGUCAACAAGCUCAUUGAGGAGGACGCCGAGAAGAACGCCGAGAUGCUCGGGGUCAUCGGUGAGAAGCUGGACAAGAUGGAGCCCGAGACGUUCGAGCCCCGUGCCUGCGAGCUCCUGCAUGGCCUCGGCUUCACCGAGAAGAUGAUGCACAAGCACACCAAGGACAUGUCCGGCGGUUGGCGCAUGCGCGUGGCGUUGGCCCAGGCUUUGUUCGUCGAGCCGACCCUGUUGUUGCUGGAUGAGCCCACCAACCACCUGGACCUGGGAGCGUGCGUCUGGCUGGAGGAGUACCUGAAAACCUAUCCAAACACUUUGCUGUUCACGUCCCAUUCUGAGGACUUCAUGAACGGCGUGUGCACUAACAUCAUGCAGCUUACCCAGAAGGGCACGCUGGUGACCUGGGCUGGGAACUACGAUCAGUAUCACAAGACGCGCACAGAACUUGAGAAGAAUCAGAUGACGAAGUACAAGAAGGAGCAGGACGACAUUGCGCAUUUGAAGGAUUUCAUUCGAUCUUGUGGUACGUACUCAAAUUUGCGAAUCCAGGCGGAAUCCAAGCAGAAGAUCAUCGACAAGAUGGUCGAGGCUGGUCUCACCGAGAAGCCUAUGCCUGACCCCACGUACCAGUUCAGAUUUCCAGAUUCGGAAAAGCUUGCGCCACCAGUGAUUCAAUUCGCCGGCGUCUCAUUUUCUUACUCUGGGAAGAAGGAGGACCACCUCUAUGAGAAUCUUGAGCUGGGCGUCGACCUGGACUCCCGGAUUGCGCUGGUGGGGCCCAACGGCGCCGGGAAGUCAACGUUGCUCAAGUUGAUGUUGAAAGAGAUUGAGCCUACCGUCGGUGAGGUAAAGCGCAGCGGGAAGCUCCGCAUCGGGCACUACAACCAGCACAGCGAGGCAGUGUUAGACUUAGAGAAGACGCCGCUCAUUUUUUUGAAGGAGCUGUACCCUGAGGGCAUCGUCACCACUAAGGGGCAGGAGAAGAUGGAGGACGCGCAGUGGCGCGGCAAGCUCGGCUCCUUCGGGAUCACGGGGGACUUCCAGACGCGGAAGAUGAAGGUCGGCGGACACUCUCCGACGGCAUGA